CUUUUAUAUAAGGUCUCACUUCGCUUUUUUCUCUCUUUAUCUCUGAAGAAAGAGAGACAAAAGGAGACGAUACAGAUAAGAGAGAGAGGGAGAGAGAGAAAUGAGAACAAGGAGAGGGCUUUGUUAUCCUAGAGCAGACGCUUGUGUAGAUAAGAGUUUAGUAAAGAGAAGAAAAGGUGGAGAUUUCACCACAACCGCUACUGUUGCCGGAGAACAAAUGCUUUCCCGGAAAAGACAGCGGUUAUCGCCGGAGAUUGCUGGAGAGACUGACUUUUUUGAUUCUUUGCCUGAUGAUCUUGUCAUGUCUAUUCUCGGCAAGCUUAGCUCCUCUGCCUCUUGUCCUUCUGAUUUCAUUAACGUUCUGAUAACAUGCAAGAGAUUAAAUGGGUUAGGCCUUCAUUCUCUGGUACUAUCUAAAGCAUCUCAAAAAACGUUCGCUAUUAAGGCCAAGAACUGGUCCGAUUCUGCUCACCGGUUUUUGAAAGUCUGUGCCGAUGCCGGAAAUGUUGAAGCUUGUUACACUCUUGGCAUGAUUCGGUUCUACUGUUUACAUAACCGAGGGAGCGGUGCUUCUUUAAUGGCCAAGGCGGCGAUUAGCUCGCACGCGCCGGCACUCUAUUCUCUUGCGGUUAUGCAGUUCAAUGGCAGCGGAGGCUCCAAGAACGACAAGGACCUGCGAGCCGGCGUGGCGUUGUGCGCACGAGCUGCUUUUCUAGGCCAUAUCGACGCCCUUCGUGAACUAGGCCACUGCCUCCAGGACGGUUACGGAGUCCGUCAAAACAUCGCCGAGGGACGCCGAUUCCUCGUCCAAGCAAACGCUCGGGAGUUAGCUGCUGUGCUUUCUAAGCCUAAUUCUGGUGUAAAUACGCGCGCAUGGCUUACUUGGAACCCACACGCUCCUCCCAACCAUCGGCAUGGGAGUGGUCUUGGAUGCCCUCUGUUGAGUGAUUUCGGGUGUAAUGUUCCGGCUCCAGAGGCACACCCAGCUAGCCGGUUCAUGACCGAGUGGUUCGCCUCUCGGGGAGGAACACCAGGCCCGGGGCUUCGAUUAUGCUCUCACGUGGGAUGCGGAAGACCGGAAACUAGAAAACAUGAGUUCAGAAGAUGUUCCGUUUGUGGAGCUGUGAAUUACUGCUCACGCGCGUGUCAGGCGCUUGAUUGGAAGCUGAGACAUAAGGAGGAGUGUGCCCCUGUGGAGCGGUGGAUAGACGAGGACGGUGAGGGUGGCGAUGGUGAAGCUGGUGGUGAGGGGAACCAAAUCGUCGUCGCUGGUAGCUAAUAAUAGUAACGCGAGGACGGAGACUGACAGUAACAGCUGAUGCUAUGAUGAGAGUGUUAACGGCUGGAAAACGGAAAAUGAUGAUAAUGAGACCAUUAUGGUUUGAAGUAUAAAGUUUUAACUUUUACUAUGGUCGUUAAAUAGCACAGAAGUUUUGUUCCUCUUGUUUGUAUAGAGGGUACCUUUUUUUUAUUAUUUUUUGGGGUUAACUUUGUUUCUCAUUUCUUUAAAUUUAAAUUGUAGAAGGUGGAUUAGGGAGGGGCUCAGGGUAUGUGUCCUUGGCUUAGUGGCCGAAUGGCAAGGAUGCUUUUUCCCUUCUUUGUUCUUUUAAUUUUAAAAAUUUUUUUCCACCUUUUCUGUGCCAUAGAGUCUGACUAAAUUUGGGCAAGUUAAAAAAUGCAAAUUCUAGCAAUUUUCUAUCCUUGUAAUA